AUGCAAAUGCACUUCCCUGAGGCUAUUAUACCAAUUGCCUUGAUUCAUAACAUGAUGCCAGAUAUUAUAUCCUACGCGAAAGCCAUAAUUCAAACUCGUCCUUCCGGAUUCCUCUAUGAAAGACCUGAUUUUCGUUUGUUCAGUUUGUAUCUGGACAUUAUUAUCCAGAAUCCUAUAUUGUACGUUGAUGACUUGAAUAUCCAGAAUUUGUCAUUGGAAGUUGAUGACUACGGCAACAUGAUCACCGACUUAAUCAUUGAAGAGUCCAUGGAAGAUCCUAAUAAUAUUAAGAUGGUUCCUGCAUCAAAGAAUGCCAUUGAGUCUCUUGAGAAAGUGAAGCUUGAAAAUAAUAACCACCUAGCAGAGAGGUGCACUAUUUGUCUAACUGAAUUUGAUUAUGGUGAUGAUGCAGAACAAGUUUCAUCAAUGCCUUGUAAGCAUGUAUAUCAUCAAGAAUGCCUCGUGCAAUGGCUCAAGACUAGUCAUUUAUGUCCUUUAUGUCGCGACAAGGGAGACAGGGGAUGGAGAGGUGUGGCACAAGGUGCUUUGCCAAAGGAUGAGGGGCAGAUGCUUCGUGUUUUGGCCUUCUGGUUCUGGUUUCUCUCUCCUCGCCGAGACCCCUUCGUCGCCAGCCGCCUCCUCUCCUCCUCCGCCCUCUCCCCCUUCGCCGACCUCACCCUCGCGUCUAGAAUCUUUUCCUCCCUCCCAUACCCACCCAACACCUUCAUGUGGAACACCCUCAUCCGCGCCCACGCCUCUAGCCCCAAUCCCCAUUACUCUCUCUGCCUUUACGUCUCCAUGAGGAAGCUAGGCGCUAUUCCAGGGAAACACACCUUCCCCUUUCUCCUUAAGGCCUGCUCUAACAUUCCCUCCCUGCCAGCCUGUACCCAGGUUCACACACACGUGCUGAAAUUCGGGCUGUGCUUUGAUUCCCACGUGGCCAAUGGUUUGGCCAAUGGUUUAUGUUCCGGAGAUUUUGCCCUUGCGCGCCUUAUGUUCGAUGAAAUGCCGGACAGGAGUUUGAGUCUUUGGACGACGAUGGUUUGUGGGUAUGCUCAGAAUCAAUGUUAUGAUGAGGGUUUGGGGCUUUUUCAUGAGAUGAUUGCGGAUGGAUUGGAGCCCAAUGCUGCGACGCUGGCUUCAGUGUUAUCGGCUUGCGCUCGGGCGGGGUAUCUUGAGCUUGGGCAGAGGAUUCACGGGUUCAUGAAGGUGAAGGGGUUUGAAGUGAAAGUGAUUCUUGGGACGGCGUUGGUUUACAUGUAUGCAAAGAAUGGGGAGAUUGUUAUGGCUCGGAAGUUGUUUGAUGAAAUGACUGAGAGAAAUGUUGUUACUUGGAAUGUGAUGAUCUCUGGCUUGGCUACUCAUGGACAUGUUGAAGAUGCUCUUGGUCUCUUUGAGAAGCUGAAGGAGGAGCAAGCUGUCGUCCCUAACAAUGUCACUUUCUUAGGGGUUUUGUCGGCUUGUUGUCAUGCUGGCUUGGUUGAUGUUGGUCGUGAGAUCUUUUAUUCGAUGAAAAAUGUGUAUGGGGUUGACGCAAAGAUUGAACAUUAUGGGUGCAUGGUGGAUCUUCUUGGAAAAGAGGGUAAGUUGAUAAACUGGUAAAAGGAAUGCCUUGGAAGCCUGAUAUUGUUAUUUUAGGAGCUUUGUUGGCAGCUUGCAAAAAUAAUGGAAAUACCAAGGUUGCUAAAAGAGUCGUAAAAGAAAUUCUUGCUCUGGAACCUCAUAAUCAUGGUGUUCAUGUUGCUAUGUCGAAUAUAUAUUCAGAGGCUGGACAAUGGAAUGAAGUUUUGAGACUGAGGAAGGUUAUGAAAGAAGAAAGACUAAAGAAAACUCCAGGGUGGAGCCUUGUUGCUACUUAAUUGAGCAUUGUCCAAAAGAUUUCGUUUUUUCAAUUGUCAUAAUUAACCAAAGGAGUAGACUUAAGUUGCUCAAAUGUGCCUCUGAUUAAAUCCUAAAUCACUUCUAUUUGAACUAUUUCUGCUACUUGGAAGGCCAAAAUUAGUUGAGGUGGUUGCCGAAAAGGUGGUGUUGCAGUACUACUUAUUAAUGUCUGAUUGUCGCAUCCUAGUCGCAAGAACAUAAGCAACUGCUUGAGGUUCACUUCAAAGGAGUUUCUUCUUGAAAAGUGUCAUUCAAAAUGGAAUUGCUAAUAUUAAAAUUUUGGACGGAGUUAUGCUUUGGUAUGGCUAAUGUCAACAUUACUGAAUGAUUGUAUGAUUCAGAUAACUUAGAAGCUUUUCAGACAAAGAAGCAACUCCUAUGCUCCUAUUAGGAGAAAUAUGCAUGACAUGAACACUUAAACAGGCCUUGAUCAUGUCCAAGGUGUGUUGAUGAAUGCAGAGGGUGAACAGUGUGGUAACAGCUAUAUCAUAAAACUUGGUAUUUUCAAGAGCUAUUAAGAUGAAAGAUCACUCGAGUGUUGGUCUAGUGUGUUUCUCGAUAAAAGUUAAUCUCCCUAGAGGAAAACAGCGAUGAACUUGGUCCUGGUAUAUCUACCCUCUUGGUUUGUGACCAGUCUAGGAAAGAUCUAUGAGACAUUAGAAUAGAAGCAACCGUGUUAAACACUGAAGUAGCUGGCUCAUAUAAUCACCCAGAGCUACUCUUCUAAUGUGAACUGAUGCAGGCUGCGGCUCUCUAUUUAUUGGCUUACAAGCAAAACAUUAACUAAAGGAGGUUGCAGUUGUGGCCUAACAUAUUCAAUGGUUGACACGCCACUGACAGACUACAAUGGAAAAAAUGGACCGUAAAUUUACGCAGAUGAGCAUGUAAGGAACCGGACAGAGACAGCGGAUGCAAACCAUGUGAUUUGUGGUAGUUAUGGCUAUACCUUAUAGGUGCUAACUUUUCAUAACAUUUUAAGGGGAAAAAAAAGGAAAGAAAUCUCGCUGAUUCUUGUAGGAAGGAGGAAAUUAUAAUAUUCAAGAUUACGCAUCUGGUAACCUGCAAAGUUGCAGGAAGUGAUUCCUAACCGUACCAUUCAGCAGCCCAAAAGUAAAAAUAGUCUUCCGACAUUGACAAGACAGAUAGAAAAAGCAAAGAUUCAGUUUGGAAGGUUGAGAGACAUGACUGGCGUGUUUAAAUGUUAAUCUUUCUGGAACUGUAGAAGCUGCGAAUGUGAGACACUGAAUCAACGUGGGGGUCUGCUCAUCAUCAGCAGAAGGUUCAUUUGCAAGGAAAGCAUGAGGAGCUAUUGGUACAUAUGCGAAAAAUGCAGGAGAUGGGGUUGGGGCUAUUACUCUGUUUGCAUGCAAAUCAUGAGAUGGGACUAUAGGCUCACUUGCCAACACAAUCUUUUGCGGGGGAAGGAGAUUGAGUUGGGGUUAUUGCCUAAAUUUCAGGCAAAUCAUGAGAUGGUGUUAUAGGUUCAGAACUUGCAGGAAAAGCUUGAGAUGGAGUUGGGGCUAUUGGUUUGUUUAUCUGGAAUGCAUGAGAUGGAGAUAUUGGCUCACUUGCUAAUUCAAUGGCUGAAACACCACUCAGGUUGUUUGUACAUCAAACUGCUCUCAAUCUUUUUUUUUUUCUUUUUUUUUUAAGGCGAUUUUUUAUUUGUUUUGU